ACGAAACUAUUCUAACAACACAGAACAACAAAACGGAUCAACAGUAAAGUGCUUCUUUCCUGAAGAUAUUUAACAAAUUUAUAUUCAUUGAAAAUGAAACGAAGAGGUGAGGGAAAAAGUAGAGAUUCUGUUCAUGGCACUCCGAUGAAACAAAAUUUGGCAGGCAGAAAAUCAUCGAGUAAAAGUAGAACCAGUGACAGCUUGUUCGCUGAUCAAAGCAAAUGGUUUGUUUUCAAACUAUUGAAGGUCAUGGUGAUUACAGCUACACUGGUUUACAUCGUGAUUCCGGUGUUUGUGAAAACAAAUCCUUGGAUACAGAAUAAAAUCAUCUUCCUGAAUAACUUGAGGUGGCCACCAUUCAUUGACUUCUCAGAUGCAGAAGCCAUUGUUCAUUUUCCCACCAGAAACUUUCACUUGACUACAGAUGAUGAGAUUCGCUUGGGUCUAUGGCAUGUGUUACCAGGGAGUUUGAAAGAAGCAGAUAUUUCCUUUGACAAGUAUGAAGCACUGUUAAAUGACUCCCAUCCAGUUGUUCUCUACCUUCAUGGAAACUCAGGGACAAGAGCGGGGUGGCAUCGUGUUGGAUUGUACCGAGUGCUGGCCGAGAUGAACUUCCAUGUGAUAGCAAUGGACUACAGAGGCUAUGGAGACUCUUCAGGUAGUCCAUCGGAAGAUGGUGUUGUGUCAGACGCCUUGUUUGUGUAUCGCUGGCUCCGGCAGCGGAAAGGGAAUGCACCAUUUUUCAUCUGGGGACAUUCACUUGGAACAGGUGUGACGGCCAAACUAGCAAAAAUCAUUUGCAGAAAUGAUGAAGCACCUGAUGGAAUUUUCCUGGAGUCUGGAUUCAACAACAUACUGGAUGCGGCUACCCAUCACCCCAUGGCUUCACCCUACAAGAAAAUGCCUUGGUUCCACUGGCUUUUCCUGGACACAAUCACAGAAAACAACAUACACUUCCAAAGCGAUCAAAGCAUUGCUGAAGUGUCGCCACCCUUGUUAAUCCUGCAUGCAGAAGAUGACGUCAUAGUUCCAUUCCAUCUCGGAGUGAAGCUUUAUGAAGCAGCUGUAUCAACAAGGCCGGACAUGUAUGGCCCAGCAGAGUUUGUUCCCUUUAACGCCAGUCUUGGAUAUGGCCACAAGCUCAUUUUUAUGGCACCAGAACUUCCAGAUAUCAUUAGGAAGUUUAUGCAGCUAUGCCAAGAAAGGAAGCAGAAGUUAUUAUCUGAAUCCAAGCUGGUGACUUAAAUGAUCGUGUGAAUUUUUGCUCAAAAAAAAUUUGCUGUAAUUCCAAUCAAUUGAUAAAUUGUCCUGUUAUUUUACAAGUGUUAUGCUGUAAUUAAUGCUGAUGCAAUAAUUGAGGUUUAUAUUUGGACCUUUUUGUAAACUAGCUUGAGACCUACCUAAGGGGUCAUGUCAAAAUCAAGCUUAUGACAAAAUAUAACGUAAAACCUCUUAAAGUUUUUUUUGUUACAUAUUUAUAUUUUUACUUGCAAAAUGAGUUCAACUUUGCUGGAACUGACUGAUAAAGUGUUUUGUUUAGAAAUAGAUAUCAUCACUUCUCAGAAUUAAAAAAAUAAAUUGAUGUUACUAUACGUGUGUUAUAAAUAUGGCCACUCAGGCAGUAACAGUGUCGUCAGACCAAGCCUUCAAGAAUGAAACAGUUUUGAUAUUAUUUCUUCAGUUAUUAUACAAAGAUUUCUGAAUGCAUGUGAACCAGUAAUGCAUAAAGCUUUAGUUGUUAUAUAUUUUAUGUUGUUCCAAUUUAUAGACAUAUGCUCUUAAGCAACACUGAACAGAAAACUGAUUGUAUUUCUUAACUCUAGUAAUUGUCGUACAGCCAAAAAAGCAUCAUGUUCAAGUGAGUUUCAAUUAAUCUGUUUUCUUGACGUAUGAAAUUCAUCUCAAAAUGUAUUUAAUUCUGUUCAGGGUUCAACGUGUGAUUUGUUUUCUGUGUUAAAGCUGCACUCUCACAGAUUUACUGUUUUUACAAGUUUUUUUAUUUUUUUGUCUUGGAAUGAGCAAAUUUUUGCAUAAAUAUCUGCAAACCAGUGAUAAAAGACUGCUUACAAAAGAUCAGAUCGCAGAUUUUCAUAUUUCUGUUUGAAAAUUAAUGUUUUAUGGCUAAAAGCGUUACUAACGGUUUAAGAAAAAUGCAUUUAACAUCAAUUUUUUAACUUAGAUAUAAAAAUAAGCGAUCUUAUUGUUUGUUCAGACUGUGAGAGUGCGGCUUUAAAAAGUCUCAAAAAUGUGAUAUAUUCUAGUAUUGCUGCUUUAAACAUACAUGUUUAACUUUAUAUGGUUUUUGUUUUGCCAUUGUUAAUGCUUUCUUCUCUUUUUGGUUAAACAUUUUAUGUCUUUUGUAUCUUUUACCCUAUAGAUUAACUUUUUUAUCCAUAUUGAUUGUUAUUUAUCAAAAUUGAACAAUUCCAAAACUACAGAAUGUUGUAUGUAUUAUUUGUUCAGUGUAUGUAUAUAUGUUUAAGUUACUGCACCCACUAACCAAGUUAUUGAAAUUUGGCACAUGGCGGAAGUGUUUUAUUUCAAUAAUUCAGGAAGUGGGGGCAAGAACUGUUUUGUACUUGUUGUCAAGGACAACAUUCAAUAACUAUUGUACAGUAUAAGUGAAAAGCAUUAUCAUUUACUCACAUGCUAGAAAUGGCUCAGAUGUUAGGAGUAAAUGUUUUGAAAAAAAAACACCAAAGAAAACGCUCUGAGACAUAGAAGUAUAUAGUGUAUGUUCACUUUUUGAUUUUUUAGCAAUUAUUAUAAUAACUUUUUACUAUGAUACAGUAGUUUGUUUCCCUGUCUUUUAACAUACCGGUAGUCAAUUUAUUCCGUAUUAGCUUCAUUAUUUCAAUGUGAAAAUUGAAGAUUUAAGAUUUAAAGCAAACUCAUAGAUAUGUUUUUCUUGUCUAUGUAUAUGUCAUGAUUCAUGAAAAAGAUAUACCAAAACUAUUUUAAGAACAGAACAAAGAAGACAUCUACAUUUUUUUUAAAUAUACAUAUAUUUUGACCUAUAACAUUUCAUAUUAAAAAUUCUUAUGGUUUACAAGACUUGACCAAUAUAUCAUGUUUUACAUUUAUAUGAACUUAUCCAUUAACUUAGAAAUAAGGUUAACAUAUUUCUUUCAUAUCAAUUUCAGUUAUUUUACUUAUAAAUUGUUGUAAGACUGAUAAACUUGUGACAGGUUUUUUAUUAUUUAUUUGGCUAUAUGUGUCUUGGUAUUGUAUGGUGUGUUUUGAAAGUAUUGUGUUCUGUGUAAAACUGAAGUUCUCUUUCAUGUUAAUUGUGAAUUAUUCCUGUGGUUGACACAUUUCAAUGCAAUCUGUAUCUGUAAUAAUGACAUUAAAAGAAUAGAAAUGAACAUACAUGACUGUUAAAUUGUUAUCUUCCUUUUGGUACUUCUGAUCAUAAUCACUGUGUCACUGUGUCACUGUGUGGCUGCGGUACCAAUAACUUACAAAGUAAAAGCUUUACCACAAUAACAUGUACAAAAAUGAGAACAGUUUGAAGGA